AUGGCCUCCCAUAUGUCUACCCAUGGUGUAGCCAGCAUGGUUCCCUCAGAAUUAAUACCCCACACUCGUGCUGAGCUGGCUGACACUCGACGCCAAUGCACUGAAGCCAAGGAGCAUAAGAAGGAGGUUAACAAAGAGAAAAAGAGACAGCGAAAGGAGCAGCAGCAGCAGGCACAAAGGAAAAUUGCUGCUCUGGAGGAUGCAAGUGCACGAGAGGAUAAGGCAAUCUACUCCCUUCAUCCUGAUCUUGAUUUGAUGAAGAAAGGCUUACCUGCUCCUUCCCGCCACUCUCCAUUGAGUAUAUCAGCUGAGCUUCCUCCUGCUGAUGAACAGGGGCCAGAUGAUGCUGAAUCUAUGGACGAUCUUCCACCGGUGUCUGUAGUGGCUACGUCUGAGUCAGAUGGUCUUGCAGAUAAUGGGAUGGAUGUUGAUUUGGCAUCUGAGAGCGAGCAGUUACCCGCCAUAGAGGACUCGAGCAUGCCUGUACUGGUUGAAGAAGACGAUUCUGAUGAUGCAUAUGUGGAGGGACAAUCAGGCAGUGAUGAACCUAGUGAGGAUGAGGAAGCUCUAUUCCAAAAGUUUCUGCUCCGGCGUUGCAAGAUGAAGAAGGCUGGCUCCAAACUGAAGGAACGAGAGGGACCAGUGCAGCCUGAGUCGAAGCAGGUCAAGAAACGCCCUGUAACCAAGAUUUCUGUUGACAAGUUGGAAAUUCGCAAUAGUAUAACGGGUCUUCGCACAGUUGCACCAAAGCCAGCUGUCUAUCCAAUUGCCCAGACUAAAAAGCAUCCUCAAGGAUCUGAUAAUGAACAAAUUCCGGUUAAGCGUCCCAAGUCCAACAGCAUUGGUGGCCUCAUGUCCAAUUGGGAGAAGGUGUACCAACAAAGCGAGCCCAUGGCAUCUACAACUUCGCUGGCAGUUUCCAGUACAGGGGAUAAUGAAGACAAAAAUCAGCCCCAGGCUAUUGGUGAGUUUCACGAAGUCGAUGAUGUUGAGGUUGUCAGAGAAGCAAGAAAGGCAAAGUCCAAGUCUCAGAGUAAUGUCAAGGCCCAGGCAACCAACCAUGCCAUCAAGGUCGAAAAGAAAUCCAUCACGGUGGAACUGGAGUUAGCUAACAUCAACAAAAUUGAUGGGACGGAGCAUGGGAAACCCAAGUCGAGAAAGACCGCAUGGAAGUUCAAAGACUUGCCUCUUCCCACUGCUGCUGAUGUCAAGCUGUUCAAACAGAAUGUGGUGGUACCAAUCCUAGAUUGGACUGCAACACUUGAGAACCUCUUCAGCGCCAACAGCCACUCUGACUUGAGGCCGACCGUCAUUCGCUUAUGGACUGACACGUUUGCCCACCUGCCCAAGUAUCUCGAUGACGCGAAGAAGGAACCUCAUGCAGAGCAUCCGGCUAUCAUGGGUGUGAUACAAACGCAAAUCUGCUCACAUCACAGUGAAAUUGGGAAGGCUGCCAUGACGGCUUUAUCUCGAAACUGGAAGUAUGCAGAGUUCAAGGAAUGCAAGACAGCUGAACAGCGAGCUGCAUGGGUUCGAAACGCAGCCAAGAACAAGUGGUUCAUUUAUGAAAAGCCGGAGAAUUCUGCGGCCAAUGGAUGUGGAGCUUACCUUGGACGACUUAUCAUUGAAACGAUGGCCUACCACGUCCAGCGUACCAUCCACACUCCGAUUACAUCUGGACCACCAGCAGGCGCACUGGCACUUGCUGCCGCAGCGGUCAAGCGUGCGCUGCAAGUCUGGAAGAAAGGGGUCAACACGUUGGCCGGAAAACAGUCCAAGAAUUCUCCUGACAGUUUCGGCGAAGAUCCUUGGGGCGCAAUAGCGAAGCAGCAUUACAAGAACACCCGGGCACUAUCAAUGGAGAAAUGGAAUGAGAUUUACCUGCAUUGCCGGGAGUUUAGCGCAGGCAGGAAAGGGGAUGAUGAAGACUCAGAUGAAGAUUCGGGGGAAGAAAGCGAUGAAGUGGAUAUGUCUGAGUAA